CGAAAGGUAUGCAGUUUUUCCCUCGCUGAGGAAAAGAGAGAAAGCAGAGCAUCCCCCUAUAUGUACAUACAGAUUAUCAACCAUAUAUCUCUACUCUCUCUCUCUCUCUCUCUGUUUUCAAAUCUCUGCUUUUACACAGUCUAGAUAUGGAUAGUUUCCUCUUCACCUCGGAAUCUGUCAAUGAAGGCCACCCUGACAAGCUCUGUGAUCAAGUAUCCGAUGCCAUCUUGGAUGCUUGCCUUGAACAAGAUCCGGAAAGCAAAGUUGCUUGUGAAACCUGCACAAAAACUAACAUGGUGAUGGUCUUUGGUGAGAUCACAACUAAGGCUAAAGUAAAUUAUGAGAAGAUAGUUCGCGAUACUUGCAGAGGUAUUGGUUUUACCUCUCCUGAUGUUGGCCUCGAUGCUGAUCACUGCAAGGUCCUUGUCAACAUUGAACAACAGAGCCCCGACAUUGCACAGGGUGUUCAUGGUCACCUAACCAAGAAGCCCGAGGAAAUUGGAGCCGGUGACCAAGGCCACAUGUUUGGCUAUGCCACUGAUGAAACACCUGAACUCAUGCCUCUGACUCAUGUCCUUGCAACCAAGCUCGGUGCCAAGCUCACAGAGGUGAGGAAGAACAAGACGUGCCCUUGGCUAAGGCCAGAUGGUAAGACCCAAGUGACUGUUGAGUACCGGAAUGAUGGUGGAGCCAUGGUCCCCAUUAGAGUUCAUACUGUUCUCAUCUCAACCCAACAUGAUGAGACCGUCACAAAUGACCAAAUUGCGAAAGAUUUGAAAGAGCACGUAAUCAAACCCGUCAUCCCUGCCCAGUAUCUGGAUGAUAAGACCAUCUUCCACCUCAACCCGUCAGGUCGAUUUGUCAUUGGUGGGCCACAUGGAGAUGCGGGACUCACCGGCCGGAAGAUUAUUAUCGAUACCUAUGGUGGUUGGGGUGCUCACGGUGGAGGGGCUUUCUCUGGGAAAGAUCCCACAAAGGUGGACCGCAGUGGUGCAUAUAUUGUUAGGCAGGCAGCAAAAAGUGUGGUGGCUUCGGGACUUGCCCGCCGCUGCAUUGUGCAAGUUUCGUACGCCAUUGGUGUGCCAGAACCGCUGUCUGUGUUUGUUGAUACGUACAAGACGGGGAAGAUUCCGGAAAAGGAUAUACUGGCUCUGAUCAAGGAAAAUUUUGAUUUCAGGCCAGGAAUGAUUGCAAUCAAUCUUGACCUAAAGAGAGGAGACAAUUUCAGGUACCAGAAGACUGCUGCUUAUGGACAUUUCGGACGUGAUGAAUCGGAUUUUACUUGGGAGACUGUCAAGAUCCUUAAGCCCAAAGCUUGAGUUGGCAAAUUAUAUUAGCAGCAAAUAUUUGUUUCCUCUGCAAAUGGGCUUCCUGUUCCCAUCAUUUUGGUUGGGAAGAAUAAAUAAGUUUCAUUCCAUACGUUUACUAUUAAAUUUCACUCUUUCAAAGGCUUCACUGCAGUGCGGAUUUCGUGUUCGUAUUGUAGAUUUAGGAGCCUAAAGUGUUUUAUUGCAAUUUUUUUUUUCUUUUUUUUCCUGUGUUUGCAAAAUAGUUGUUUCCAGCAGCUCACUUGUUUGAUUGCUGUGAUUUUAAGUUCCCGUUAAUAUAUAAACAGUUUUCAACGAGGAA